AUGGGCAAAAACGACAAGAAGGGUGCUGACAAGGGCGGAAAGGCCAAGGGAGGAGACAAGGGUAAAGAUGCCAAAGACUCGGGCUCUGGUGGCAAGGCAAAAGGUGCUCAGAGCAUCAAUGUUCGUCACAUUUUGUGUGAGAAGCAUGCCAAGAAGGAGGAGGCUCUAGCGAAGCUGAACGACGGUGCCAAAUUCGACGAAGUUGCGCGGGAGUUUUCAGAGGACAAGGCCAGACAGGGUGGUUCCUUGGGUUGGAAGACCAAGGGCAGCUUGGAUCCCAAGUUCGAAGAGGUUGCUUUUGCUCUUGAACCAAGCACAACAACCAGUCCCAAAUUCGUCGAGGUCAAGACCGGCUUUGGAUAUCAUAUUAUCAUGGUCGAAGGCAGAAAGUAG